AUGUGUCGUCUGAUGUGUCACUGUGUGCGUCACAUCGAUGUGGAUAACAAGCACGGUCGAUCCGUCAAAGAGAAAGAAACAUUAAAAAUCCCAGCUGAAGCUCAGCUCUUCGAUGCCCCUCCCGCCGACUUCCGGCCGCCCCGAGCCCUUUUUUGCACGGCCGGAAGCAUGUCGAGGUACUGCUUGUGCGUCCUCAUAACAGGCGCUGUCGCAGCGACUCUCGACCAGUGCGUCACCGACCGUGCGUCCGGCGUCACCACCUGCGAGCGGGCCGUUCACGAUGCGCCUGGGUGCACGGAGAUCUUCAUCUGUGCCGUCGCAGCGCCAAAGCGAUCAGUAUGCGAGAGCAGCAGCUGCGCGAGUGUGUGCGUUUGGAGGCAAGACAGCGGCUGGUGGAGCCGCUCGGGUCCCGUCAGCGAGCCGCCGUGCUCCGCUAAGUGCCCCAACGCUACAGCCGCGGCUAUUGCCGUCGCCGACAGCCGCGGCCAUGCCCACUCCCAUGAGGAAGGCGCAGCCGACGCCGCCGUCGCCGACAGCCAUGACCAUGCCCACUCCCAUGAGGACGGCGGCUCCAGGAGGCUCGGCAUCACCGAGCGCGCCAGGCAGUGGCCGGACCAGCUGGUCCGUUGGCACUUUGCGAAGCAGAGCGGGAGCCGCGGGUGGGCUCCCGGCUCGCUCUUCCGUGGUGUCGUCGAGGCGGCCAUCGCGAGGAUCGAGGAGAGCACGUGCAUAUGCUUCGUCGAGGUAGACCCGGACGAGACGGACGAGACACAGCCCACCUUUGUCGGCAGCAACGAGCCGCGGCUCGCAAUCUACGGCUCGGGGUCGCAGGGGUCAACGAACUCCUGCUCAGGGUCUGCGACCGUCGGAGCCUACACGUCUGCGACGAUGACGCUGAGCUCCGGCUGUCCAGCCUUCGAGGGUGUCGUCGUCCACGAGUUCUUGCACUCCCUCGGUUUUUUACACGAGCACUCUCGCCCCGACCGCGACGAGCACAUCGAGGUGCGGCUUCAGAACGCACAGGUCGGCGCUCGCGGCAACUUCGAACGACUGGAUGCGAACGACUGGUACAACAUCCAGGGCGACCCAGACAGCAGCUGGGACUGGUUCUCGAUCAUGCUGUACUCGAGCUCCACCUUUGCCAGAGAACGUGGCUUGCCCACGAUGGUCGUCCGGAACAACAACCAGGUGGUCUCGGACGGACGUGGCGGCUCAAAGGCUGCAAAUUCCGGUGACACAUUUGGGAGCACUCAAGUCCUCUCGCAAAAGGACAUUGGCCAGAUCAACACCAGGUACAGCUGCGGGCUGCAGACGACCUGCCCGGGCUACGUCGCACCCGCGGUGUGCACAACCGUGCUGGAGCGGAGCGCGUGUGCUGCUCUCGCGGAGAGGGAGCGCAACCCGUGCCGCUGGGACAGUGACCGUGGGCGGUGCGGCACGUGCGCAGACACGCCCGGUUGGCGCAUCGACGGUUGGAGCCUCGGCGGUGGCGGCGGUAUCGGCUGUGAGUCCCUCAAUCUCGGGAUCACACUUGGAGGCGCGCCGUUCGACUGCGGCUCCGACUUCAGGGGAGGCGGCAUCGCCGCAAGCCAGGCGUGCUGCGCGUGCGGGGGAGGAUGCGGAUCCUCUGCGUCUCUCGGAACCGGCUCAUACAACGUUGAUGUGGACGGAACAUCGCGAGCCUAUCGCCUCGACCUUCCCACCGACUACGACCCGGAUCGUCCGUACAAGCUAAUUCUGGUGUGGCAUGGGCUCGGAGGGACAGCUGACGAGACCGCCGACGGCUACUUUGGCUCCUGGAAGUAUCAAGGGCUCUGGGAUCAGAGCGACGGCAGCGCCAUCUUCGUCGCCGGCCAGGGACUGUCAGCAAAUGGGUUCGGCGCCACUGGCUGGCCAGAUAACAACGGACGAGACAUCGCCUUCGUGCGUGUCCUGCUCGCAAAGCUCAAGGGCGACUACUGCAUCGACGAGGCGCGCAUUUUCUCCACGGGCAUCAGCUUCGGCGGCAUCAUGUCCAACACGAUAGGCUGCCAGCUGGGUGACCAGGUACGCGCCAUCGCUCCCAUCAUGGGCGCUGGCCCUUUUGGCGAUGCCGGCUGCACGGGGCAGGUCGCGGUGUGGCUCACGCACGGGAGCGCAGACUGGACGCCAGGAGUCAACUGGGAGGCGGGCAAGGGCUCUCGCGACUAUUGGCAGGUAGCUAACAGCUGCGCGGAUACCAGCGUGGCCAUCGGUCCGGACGCGUGCGUGGAGUAUGAUGACUGCGACGCACUGUUCCCUGUGGUGUGGUGCCCGACGUCAAAUGGGCACCUACCGCCGUCCUUUGCCGCCGCCGCGAUCUGGGCUUUCUUCGACACGCCCGCGGGACGGUGGUUGCGGCGAUUGGAGUGGCUAUUGGGCUGCUCCUCGUCGGAGUCUUCGUGGCAGCUGGCUGCAUGGCUCGCAGUCGCGGCCGUGCGGGCAAGGGUCGAGCCCAUCCCAUUCGCGGGCGUAGCAUCUACAACUCCGAGCCUCGAGGACUGA